AUGAAUUCCCUUCCAGAUUUUAAUAACGCUUUAGAGCCUUUCAACAUGAAUCUUGAAAAUGACCAAACACUCCCUCGUAUGCUUCAUGGAGGUGAAAACAAAAUUCUCGAAUUUAAAAUUGAGAAUGUCACUUUUCAUUGCGAACUUCCAAUUCCAAACAAAUUCCCCUUCAAAUCGAAAGGAUACAAGAAAUUAAAUGAUUUUACUAUAUUCCGUACAGUUCUUCAGCAACAUUUGCAAAGCCAGUCAGACAAACUAAAAAUUUCCCGCAUUCAAAAUGUUGAUAUUUCUUCUCUUUCAGGAAAAAUUUGGAAAAGUGGCUCAAAAGCGUUUAAAGAUAUGUUCAAGAAAUACGCCGAAGAAGUUAACGAAUGCAGGGAAAGAAACUCGGAGAAAAGUGUAAUUAUAGGAAAAAUGGCUCAACCAAAUGUUGCAUCAAGUAACAUCAUCGGUACAAGCUUCAUUAAUAACCAAAUAAUGGGACCAAAUUCUAGUAACAUUAAUGACGUAGAAGUUCCUCAAAUGGUAAAUUGCCCUGUGGAACAUCCCACACAUGUUAGUAUCCAAGCACAAUCCCAACAUUCACUUUACUAUAAUGUUUUACCGGACAUUAUAGAAGGCAUAAAUUUCGGUAACCUUCCGAAUAAUGACAUUAAUGGAGAAAAAAAGAAUUUCGACUUUUCUGACCAUUUCACCCCUAUUUCCCUAAACGAGAAGCACGCAUAUAUACCUUCACCUUCCCGUCAAACUAUUAUACCUUUACUUGAUGAUAAUUGUACUUCUGGUUUCGAUAUCAUAAAUGGUAUUUCCUUUUAUGAUUACAACUACAACUCAUACAAUAUUGAUAUCGAGUACGCUAAACAUCUUCCAACUAAUGAGGUGGAUACAAUCAAUGUUAAUUCCAUUAAUCUCCAACAAAUUAAUGAUCUCCAACAAAUUAGCUCUAUGGGUUAUAUCAAUGUGCAUUCCGAAUUUUCACCAGUUUCUCUAAAUGAUACAUAUGCACAAACAACACAAUCAUUGUGUCCACCUUCACUUCUAACAAAUCAUGAUAACUCAAUGUAUGAAUUAUCAUUAUUAGGUGGUGGAUUAUUAGGUAGUGAUAGUAAUGAUCUUAUGGGUUUAAUGCCCGAUUUAAAUUUUAUGUAUCCUAAUAAUCCCUCGUGA